AUGGAUUUAUUCAAGCAGCAGAAAGUUGAAGAUUUUUAUGAAAUUGGUGAAGAGUUGGGAAGUGGGCAGUUCGCCAUCGUAAAGCAAUGCAGAGAGAAAAGCACGGGACGGGAAUACGCCGCCAAGUUCAUCAAGAAGCGGCAGAGCAUCGCCAGCUCGCGAGGAGUUCGGCGGGAGGAGAUCGAGCGGGAGGUGGACAUCCUGCAGCAGAUCCAACACCCAAACAUCGUCACGCUGCACGACGUCUACGAGAAUCGCACCGACGUGGUCCUCAUCCUGGAGCUGGUCUCUGGAGGUGAGCUGUUUGACUUCCUGGCCCAGAAAGAGUCUCUGAGCGAAGAAGAAGCCACUCAGUUCAUCAAGCAAAUCCUGGAGGGGGUGAACUACCUUCACUCCAGGAAAAUAGCUCACUUUGAUCUCAAGCCUGAAAACAUCAUGUUGUUGGACAAGAACGUGCCGUUACCAAGAAUCAAACUCAUUGAUUUUGGUCUCGCUCACAAGAUUGAAGCUGGCGUCGAGUUCAAGAACAUCUUCGGGACACCUGAGUUUGUAGCGCCGGAGAUCGUCAACUAUGAGCCACUGGGAUUAGAAGCAGACAUGUGGAGCAUCGGAGUCAUCACCUACAUCCUGCUGAGCGGUGCUUCACCUUUCCUGGGGGAGACAAAACAAGACACCUUGAGGAACAUUUUGGCCAUAAAUUACGAGUUUGAUGAAGAGUUUUUCUGCCAUACGAGCGACCUGGCCAAGAAAUUCAUCAGCCAGCUGCUGGAGAAGGACAAGAUGAAGAGAUUAACGAUUCAAGAUGCUCUUAAUCACCCAUGGAUUAAGUCCCAUGAGCACAAGGAGGAAACCAAAGCCCAAGAGCAGAAGAAACGAGAGCGCCGCCAGCUGAAGACGAAGCGCCUGAGAGAAUACACCAUCAAGUCUCACUCCAGCAUGCCUCCCAACAACACCUACGUGAACUUUGAACGCUUCGCCCAAGUGGUGGAGGACAUUGACCAGAUGGAGAGCUCGUUCGUCAGCCUGGCAGCGGCCCACGACUGCCUGCAGGAGGACAUCGACGCCAUGGUUUCCAUUUACAACGAAAAGGAGGCCUGGUACAAGGAGGAGAGCGAAGAAGUGCGCCACGACAUUUCCCAAAUCCGCUACGAGUUCCGCAAAGUGGAAGCCAUGAAGAGGAGCCUGCAGGACGACAUGCAGGCCUUCAGCUCCAGCCUCGGCGCCAUCAGCAACCGCUACCAGGAGAGGCAGAACCACUUCGACGCCCUGCGACUGGAGCUGAGCAACGAGCUGAAGUGGGUGCAGGAGGUGAUGGGUUCGUUUCCAGCGGACGGAGGCAGCGGAGGUUACUCCAACUGUAACUUCUCCACCGUUUUCAACAACGACGUGAACGAGGCGCUGAAAGAGCUGCUGAACCGCUCCUGUGGAGGAGAGCUGCUGUCUGGGAUCAACCUGGACUUCACUGAAACAGGACAGCAGAGAUAA